GCUACAUGUAUACAUGUAUUUUGAUACUCUGCACUCCUACACACACAACAACAAACUGGUCUGUGUGACUACCCUAUCGUUCAGAAGAGGGAGCUGCAGAUAUUUAUACCAAAGAGCGUGUCAUAAGAAGUAGGUCGGUUCACGUUCAUCGAUGUCAUAACCAUCGAAUCUAUUCAUCGUGCACAUGUACUGAGCAUGUGAUGUGACGCAAAAGGAAAAUUUGUAAAGGGACAGUGCGGCGAUCGACUGUGCGAUGAGAUAGUGUGGUGGAAAGGAAAUCAGACUCAUAGUAAACAGUUGAAUAGCACAUGGACCUCGACAGUUUAGUGCCAUAGCAGAAAGGAAGUUGGAUCCUGGAAAGGCUGUCAUGCCGUUCUGAUUAGACAUAGUGAGGUCAUGUAAGGUCACGACUGGUUCAACAUGGAAGUCCCAGGAUAAAUAUUUAAUCUUUUCGAGGACAGUGACAUUGGAUUUGAUCACCAAAGAAAGUUCAUCAGAGAAUCAAUGCCUCUGUCAUUGAUGGAUGUGGUUUUUAGUGUUGGUGUCAUACAUCAAACUAUUGAGCUAUUGAUUUGUAGGAAGAACUUUGCUUUGGUUUUAUUACAAAAUGUGUGUGUCACAUAACUUCCAUAUCAUCAGGUGCAACUUUCCAGUGUGAUUUAUUUACUUGUCCAACCAAAGCAUGCCAAUAUUUACUACAAAAUGACUUCUUCUUCGAGAAUGACAUAUGUUUUUGAUGGUUGUAUAUGAACAAGUGCCUGAAUUAGGUCAUUAUUAAGACUAUAAAGGUGCUAAUACAGAUUAUUUUUAUUCUCUUUGUGAGUGGGAGUUUUGAAAAUAACUUCACCAAACUUUCUGUUAGUGAAAUAGUUAUUGUUGGCAGAUACUCUAUUUGAAGAGCAUUGAUCAAAGCAAUAUUGAAAGGACAAAGACCAGCAGGAAAACGUUUUUUUUGAGGAUAACAUUUUUGAAAAGUGAUUACGUUGGCUGGCCCCUACUGGUCCAGUCGUAUUUUUGAAUUCCUCCUGCUGCUUCGAUGAUGACUGUGGAUGACAACCAGGAUGAGACCGACUUCGGCAUCGAGUACGAUGAUGCCUUCUCUAGCAAGUACAUGGCCAAACACAUCCUGGGAAGGGGAGUGAGUAGCACCGUUCGGCUCUGCUGCAACCGUAACACCAACGAGGAGUAUGCGGUCAAGAUCAUCGACAUCACGGGCCAGAACCAUGGGGGCGACAAUCGAGCAGAGGCUAUCCAGGAGGAGUAUAGGAACGAGAUCUUGAUCCUCAAUAAGAUGGCUGAGGGAGAGGGACAUCCCAAUAUCAUUGCCCUCAUUGACUUCAUUGAGUCUCCAACAUACUUUUUCCUAGUAUUUGAAUUAUGUCACUCAGGGGAACUAUUCGACUAUCUGACAGCUGUUAUAACCCUGUCUGAGAAGAAGACUAGGGCCAUCAUGAGGAGUGUCAUCAGUGCUGUAGCUUACAUUCAUAGCCAUAACAUUGUACAUAGAGAUUUAAAGCCUGAAAACAUUCUAUUAGAUGCCAAUUUGAAGGUGAAGAUAUCUGACUUUGGAAUGGCAGCCGAGCUCACAGAAGGGGUCUAUUUACGAGAGCUAUGCGGUACUCCUGGGUAUAUGGCUCCAGAAAUGUUGAAGUGCAGCAUGGGUUUGGAGAACAUCUCCAGCUAUGGACAGAAGAUUGACCUCUGGGCAUGCGGGGUCAUCAUGUACACAUUACUUGUAGGUAGGCCGCCCUUCUGGCAUAGGAAGAAGAUGCUGAUGUUACGAGCGAUCAUGGAAGGCAGAUACCGGUUCGGCAGUCCAGAGUGGGAUGAUAUAUCAGACACUCCUAAAGACCUUAUAUCUAAGUUACUAGUAGUAGAUCCUAAAUUAAGACUCACAGCAGAGGAAGCAUUAGAACAUCCCUUCUUCCAGCAAACUGAGGUGCCUAUAGGAACAACAUUCAAUGCAAGAAGGAAGUUUAAGGCUGCUUGUCUAGUGGUAUACGGCGUGGUCAGAUUACGUCACUACUGCGGUCAGCGAAUCAUCUCGCCGCACUCCAUCCAGGAGAACCCGUACGGCGUCAAGGCCAUCCGCAAGGCCCUCGACGGUUGCGCUUUCAACAUCUACCGCCAUUGGGUCAAGAAGGGCCAGGGCCAGGACAGGGCGGCGCUGUUCGCCAACAGCCCCAAAAUGGACAUCAAGAACUUGAACAAUUCUCUAAGUAGUAGCCAGCAGACAACGCCCACUAUGAGUAGAUCUUCGUCAACGACCGGCAUGGCCACAUGAUGAUGGGCGUCGUCACGCCAGCUCCUGAUUGGACAAGGGUUGGCGGUGGUAGUCAGACUAGUGUGUUGGAUGUGAUAUUAUUGUCAUCAGCUCUUCACUGUAGGUGUAUUCAAACCACUUUGCUCUCUUUAUUAAACUAGACUGUUAUGGAUGUGGACAGUGGAAACUGGUUAUAACUUGUUCCAACUGGUUUUUAUCCGGCUUCAACUAGCUUCAACCUUCAUCAGCUAAUGUUAGCAUGUGCUAAAUUAGUGAAUGGUGUAUCUGUUUUUCUUCAUUCUUCUCUCCCAAGGCAUAUUUUCACAAAUAAUCCAGUCAGUGGAGAGAUGAUAAAUUAUUGGUCUUAAUCAGCAUGUCAGCUUCAUGUGAACUUGAAACUUAUAAAAUGGAUUCUAUCACAGGGUCUGGACAUUCAAACAUUUUUGGUCUGUAUCAGACCUCAGAUAAGUGUUUUUAUUUUUCAUCACUUUAUGUUUGCAGAAAUGUCUGUAUUUUGCAUACCAGUAUUGCAGAAUAUAGUUUCUUCCUUAUACUUUUUUCUUAAUUAACCUUAAACGUUCAGAGCUAUAGUCAAAACUUUCUUGAGUUUCAUUAUUUCACAAUUUGCCUUUUGUCAUAUGAAUCUUGCCAAUUAAUUACUGAAUGUGUAGAUUUAUAGGUUAUUUUUUCCUUCCCACCUAAUAAAGCCAAAUUUCAAUCAUGAUAAAGAGUCAAAAGACACAUUUAUGCAAAAAGAGGUUGUUGUUUUGGUUUGGGGCCACAACUUUCUAUCAAGUGAAAUAUUAAUUUUUCUUUUAUAUUAGUAUUAUUUCUUUUGAAUUGUUUUUUGUUGUUGUAAUCGAUAAUCAACUAUGCCCAAAUCAUUAGAUAUAACAGUAUAAAAAUGCCUAUAGUAAUGAGACAAUACAAACCUUGUUAUUAAACACCAAACUUUGCAGUGAUAUUUGUAAGUUUUCUCCUCACCAUAGCAAUCCUUUGAAUAUUAAUAUAUGCAUAGAAUUCCCUCAUGGUUGGUAUUUUAUUUGAAGCGGAAAUAAUUCAGGGGGUUUAAGUUGAUGUGGCUCUUUCUAUUUUAUGUGAUAUUCAGUAUCUAUCAUUCACCUUUCAUCAACUCCAUCUUCAAAUCAUAUUGAUUAAAUAACUUGUAGAUAGUUUCAAAAGUGGAUAGAGAUAUUAUUUUUUGAAAAAUAUACACAACAUGGAAUGUUAAGUGUUUAGUUAUUAUUUUAGUUUGAAACAAAAAGUGUGUGAUCCAAGUGUUUCUUAUUGUAGGUGGUAUUUAUAUUGCACAGUCAGUGGCGCACUUAUGAAUGGGUUGGUCUAGUGGUAAGUGUCCGUGUCACAAAAGAAAGGAGAAGGUUCAAGGUUCAAGACUCGUGUAUGUACAUCAUCAGUUGCUGAGUUAUAUUGCAGUGCACAGUACACCUAAUGGGCUGAUAAUACAUUUUGGAAUGAUUUAUGUCAAGGGUCAUGUUCGAUUCUUGAGAAUAUCCUCUGCUCAGAGCCAGAAGGGCGUUAACUCAAUGUUAAAGUAUAUGAGUUAACACCCUUUUGGCUCUAAACAGACAAUAUGACCUUUGACAUCGAUCAGCCCAAAAGAUCUUGAUGGCUUGGGAUUCGGGAAUACAGUGUAGAAGGUUGCAAGCAAAGCUGUUGAUUGAGUGUGCCAAGCCAGAGUCGUGUGAAACCUGCUACUUUAAUAUGCAGCUCUUAUGGGUACUUGUAUGUGUGUUAAACUUAUUCAUUCAUGUUUGUUGCAACAGGGGCAUUAUAUCUAUGUUAAGAGAGAUGUGGGUUGGUCUAGUGGUAAUGUCCAUGGUUAGCUCUCUGUCUCCGCCUACAAACUGAUCCUGAUCCAUCUUUCGUAUGGUGCCGUUAAAGGUGACUUAAAAAUCUUGUCUGAUUGAUACACGUCUGUAGAAAUCCAAUCACACAAGUAUAGAAUGGCAAAUUCUGAAUUAAUUUUUCCAUUACUGUCCCAUAUGCUACCAAGUAUUGUGAUACAGUUAACCCUGUAUGGGGAAGACUGCCAAAGGUAGACUCAAAGAGAGGUCCUUGUAGGCAGGUGGUCUCUGUGUACAGGUGUUCUUUGACACAUACAUCGAUGAGAAUCAUCACUUCAAAGGAAACAAAAAAUGUGAUCUGUUUUAUAGACUGGUAGUCAACUGUUGUUGAUGACAAACAAUAUUCAGGGGGUAAUGGUACCCGUAAUGUUUUCAAAAUCAGCAGAUCUUAUUAUUAUUCCUUUUCUUUAUCCUAUUCACCUUAAAUUUGAGGUGCAUUGAAAUUAACAAACAUCACAUAGCAAUACAAAUGUGUUAUAAACUACAUGUAUGCCAAAUAUAUUUUCAGUAUUUGAAAUGUUUUUGAUAUGUGAUUUGAUGUGGGGAUGAAAAUAUCUAAUUUAACAGACAGUGACCAUUCUUUUUUUGCUCUGUAUUGUUUUGAAAAAUACUUCAAAUUAAGUGAACUAAUCUCCCCUUAUUGGAACUGUAUGUAGAUUCAGAUUACAGCUAGUGUAUGGUGCAGCUGAAUACCGUAAUCUAAAAGAAAAAGUGAAAAUAUUUUAAGAUUGGCAAAUGGUUAAAAUGAUUUUAAGACAUAAUUCAUAAAUGUCUUUACAGUUUAACUAUUUCGAUGUUCCUUAAUUGAAAAAGAUAUAUGCAGAAGAACUAGUUCAGUAGAUGUAAGAAAAAAAUAAUACCAGGCUAUUUUUUUUUAAAGUGCUUAAAAAUAAUAUUUUUGAACAUAUAAGUCUUUUUCUUGCCCAUGGCUAAAAUUUAUCUAAAAAAUUUAAUUGAAGAAUAAAAAGAUCUGUCUAAUUGUUUUUUUAAGGUUUAUCCAUCAUUGUCUUUCUGAGCUAAUUUU